UGUCUGCUAUUAGUCUUUCUGUGAUACUGCGACGAAGAAGAUCUCUUAGCGGAAAUUAUUCUUUUGGCAAAUAAUCAUGUUUCCCCCUAUUGAGUUAAGUGGAAGAUUUUUACAAAAUUGUGCUGCUAUUGCAAUUAAUCUUGCCCAAAUCGUUACGGGGAUUACUUUAGGCUGGAGCUCACCGAUCUUUCCUCUUCUUAUUUCUGAGGAUACACCUCUUGCUGAUGGUCCAAUAUCUGUUGAUGAAGCCUCCAGAAUAACAGCCAUUUUCUACUUAAGUGGAUGUGUUGGAUCAUUAGUUUUUGGUCGCUUAGCGGAUUACGUAGGCAGAAAAUGGGCAAUAAUUCUUGGAGUUAUUCCACAAAUUUGUGCCUAUGUCAUUAUUCUUGUAGCCACCAAUGGAACUCACCUUCUUAUCUCACGCGCUCUCAGUGGAGUUUCUAGCAAUGCCCAAUUUAGCGUUAUCCCCAUGUUUCUCUCAGAGAUUGCAGAAACCAAGAAUCGAGGUAGGAUAGGGUCUUACAAUGGCCUAACAGUGACCUUGGGUAUUGCUGUUGGUUAUGCAAUGGGAGCCUAUUUUCACAUGCGCGUUGGAGCAAUUGUAUCACUGGUUAUUCUAGGAUUCUUUAUGGCCACUAGUAUUUUCUUCCCUGAAACACCUCAGUAUUUACUGAUGAAAAAACGCGAUACCGCUGCAUUCAAUUCUUUAAUGUUCUAUAGAGGAUUCCGAAGGAAGGAGGAUAUUUCUGAUGAGUUUCAGAAGGAAUAUGAUCAGUUAAAGCAGUCGAUAAACAACGUUAUGCAAAGAGCUUCGCUGAGUUGCAAAGAUUUUCAACUUCGUUCAACAAGGAAAGCCAUUCUUAUUUGUUUCGUCAUGAAUGUAGGACGUAACUUUUCGGGAUUGUUUCAACUAGAAAAUUUUGCAGGAAUUGUUCUGGAUAGGGCUGGGGCUGGAAUUGGUGGAAAUGAAUCUGCAUUGGCUUCAGCUGCCUUUGUUCAUGUCUUGUCAUAUGUCUCAAUGUAUCUCAUUGAGAAAGUUGGUCGAAGAUGGCUAAUGCUUGUGUCCAGUCUAGGAUCCGCUAUCUUUCUUGCCAUCCUUAGCAUAAUGAUAAUGCUAAAUGAUUCAGAAGUUGACAUUUCUGCUGUUAAUUGGAUUCCAACGCUAGCCUAUGCAGGUUAUAGUGCAAUUGCAAUAUAUGGAAUAAUUGUUGUUCCGGUUAUAAUUGCUACAGAGAUACUUCCCAUAAAGAUUCGAUCCUUAAUUCUACUAAUUUUGCUUAUAAUGUCAAACUUGUUGACAACAGUUAGUGUAAACUGGUUUAUGGCCAUUGCCGACUUUUUAGGCUUCCACUCAAAUAUUUGGAUUUUCUCAGGAUCGUGUUUUAUAGAAUUUGUAGUUCUGUAUUUCCUACUGCCCGAAACAAAAGGGAAAACUUACGAUGAAAUUGUUAAACUUUUAAAUUAGAAUACACUUAGUGGCUCUCAAUAAACUUAACAAACGAUUGAAAUAAUGUACAAAAAUUUUUGUUUUUCUAGCUGGGCUAAAAAGUUGUAAAAAAGCCAGUCACUGUGUACUUUUAAUGUGAUCACUAGUACUAGUGAAAUAUAUUUAGAAUUAUUUUAAUAUUUAUAAUGAUACAUAAUAAAUAUCUUUUAUUAAA